AUGGCUGCUUACGAUACCCCGAAAUUCGUUGUACCGGUUUCCCUUGAUCAGAUCCUACAAGGCAUCGGCAAAUCCAUCGAAGAGCUCAAAAGUAUCUUGGGAGGCAAAAUCCGGAGGGAGGUUCCUAUGCCUCGCGACAUCUUCGUAGAGCCAACCAACACCUCGGAUACAUCUGAGCACAAGUUGACUGCUCGAGCACAGUGUGCCAAUCCGCGCGUCCGUCAAGAAUGGGACUCUUACUCAGCUAGUGAUAGGAGAGCCUUUACGGAUGCCAUUAGGUGUCUGAUGACCAGACCACGUUCAGGCGCAUUCGCCGCGGCCAAGACCCGAUACGAGGACAUGGUUGCCCUUCAUCAGACGCGAACGCCCUCUGUUCAUGGCAACCAUAUCUUCUUGCUUUGGCACAGGUACUACCUGUGGACGUUUGAGCAACUCCUGCGCAGCGAGUGCGGUUUCAACCGUCAACUGCCCUGGUUCGAUGAGACGAGGUACUCUGGGAGGUUUGCACAAUCGUCCGUUUUCUCGUCGGAUAACUUUGGAUCCGUCGAUAUCGGUGGCCAAUGCGUAACGAAUGGACAAUUUGCCAACCUUGCCAUCAACAUUGGUCCUGGCACAGGCAACACGCGCCAUUGUCUUGCCCGCAAUGGAAACUCUCAACUCACCGCAAACACAAACUCGCAGAUAGUCAACGGUUGCAACGCGUACGGCAUUUACUCGACGAUGGCAUACUGCGCAGAGAGAGGUGCACACGCCUAUGGCCAUAAUGGCGUUGGUGCUGUCAUGAUCGACACCUAUGCUUCUCCCGCUGACCCCGUCUUCUGGCUCCACCAUGCAUUCAUCGACCGCAACUUCCGCGUAUGGCAAAACUCGGCUGCGUCACGUCGUACUUCGGUUGACGGAACCGACACUAACGGCAACAAGUUGACUCUUGACACUGUAAUCAACGUGGCUGGCAUCCGACCUGACGUGCGCAUCAGGGAUAUUCUCGACACGCAGGAGACGACGCUCUGCUACAGGUACAACUACUGA